GUAAAGGGUGAAUAGACAUCAGCCAAUAGCGUCGUCGUCUCCUAUUCUCUCAUCUCCUUCCCUCUCCUAUUAAGCGUGAUAGUCGACCCAUCUUCCAUUCGCCAUUGGACAGGCCCAGUGAGGGAGAGGAGAGAUCGUGCCACCUCCACCUUCCAGUAAUAUCUCAGGUUCACUAGACAGAUUAAAUUUCGAGGAAUUUAUUGCCCCUUUGGAGAGACCUUGAACUGAUAUCCAUAUCUGAUGAGGGGUAUUUUGAUUCUUGCACAAGGUAACUAUGGAUUCAAGAUUAAGCUUUUCACUUCUUAUGCUGGUAAUCAGCUUUAUUCCAGCAAAUGCCAGAAGUCUGGCUACCUUGGAUGCCUUUGUUGUGGAAGUGGAUAACAAGAUACAAAGUGAAAGUAGCAUCGUAAGGAAUGAAAAAUUGUGCACACUCUGUGAAGACUUCACUUCCAAGGCUUUAUACUAUCUUGGUGAAAAUGAGACUCAGACUCAGGUUCUCAGUACACUUCAUAAAGCAUGUUCCACACUGCAUUCUUUCAAACAACAGUGUAUUACAUUGGUAGAUUACUAUGCACCAAUGUUUUUCUUGGAGGUUUCCACAGUAAGUCCAGGGCAGUUCUGUGAAAAGGUGAAUCUCUGUGGGGAGACUUUAGUGAUGCAAUUGCCAAAGCGCGAUGAUGCCUGCAGCCUCUGCCAGAAUGUUGUUGUAGAGGUUCUUGUCAAACUGAAAGAUCCUGACACAGAGCUUGAGGUGCUCGAGACACUUCUGAAAGGCUGCAGCAAAAUGGAGAAUUUUGCCCAAAAGUGUAAGAAACUGCUCUUCCAAUAUGGCCCACUAAUCCUCGCCAACGCUGAGAAUUUUCUCGAGACGAAUGAUGUCUGCACCGCAAUCCACGCAUGCAAGGAUAGUCAAGAAGAUCUCACUGCAUCCAUGCUUGCUGAUGCUUGAGCUAUGAAGGUAAAAAGAAGCCUAAGAUAUUUCUGCGCUCUGCACAUGAGCAUAAUUGUUGAACUUAUGUCGCAAUAAUCUUUUACUCUCCAGUGCUGUAAAUAGAAAACAUCUGCCUCAAGCUUGUCAUUUGUGCAUAAGCAUAUCGGUAUUGUACAUUACCUAGUCAACCUGGCCUUGUAAUAGUAAAUACUUGACAUCUCAUGGCUCUGUGAUUCUUAAAUAUCUCAGUAUUAUUCUAGUGUUCA